AUGGCUGCACGGCUCUGGUGCGACCGAGUCGGGGCGACGAACCUCAUAAGGUGGUUUCCAAAGAAGAGGGAUCAAUCGGACAGCGAGUCGGAAGAUGAGAACGACGAACAGCAGGAGCAUGAUCAGAACUACGUGUCCGAGAAGGAAGUCAAACGUCGCGACUUGCGAUGGUUUUAUAAGACUCAUCCCGUUUUCGCGCCCGAGUCUAGCCCCCAACCUGAGCUAAAGUUCUAUGCCGAAGAUGUCAAGUCGACAGGCAUUGUCCACAACAUACUUCCAGAGGUCUGGUUUAACAGACUCCAGGUCAUCAUCAAGCUCGUCGACAUGGAUCUCACCCCAUAG